GCGCCUGCGCGGGGCUUCCGCCGCUCGGCGAAGCGGGAGCGCUCCCCCACGGCUGCGCACUCGGACAAAGAUGGCAGCGGCGGCCCGGCUGCGCUGGGGAGCGGCGGCUGCUGCUGCGGGGCUGCGUAGGCGAUUCUGUCCUAUGAUGAAUCCAUACACCAUUAAGAAACAGCUUCUGCAUCAGUUUGUACAUAAGCCACUUUUCCCACUGCCUGCAACCUUAUGUAACACAGUGAGACACAUGUUUAUUCAAACACAAGAUACCCCAAAUCCCAACAGUUUAAAGUUUAUCCCAGGAAAACCAGUUCUUGAGACAAGGACCAUGGAUUUUCCCACACCAGCUGCAGCAUUUCGCUCCCCUCUGGCUAGGCAGUUAUUUAGAAUUGAAGGUGUAAAAAGUGUCUUUUUCGGACCAGAUUUCAUCACUGUCACAAAGGAAAGUGAAGAGUUAGACUGGAAUUUACUGAAACCAGAUAUUUAUGCAACAAUCAUGGAUUUCUUUGCUUCUGGCUUACCCUUAGUUACUGAGGAAACAUCUUCAGGAGAAGCAGGUACUAUGUUGGGAUCUGAAGAAGAUGAUGAAGUUGUGGCAAUGAUUAAGGAAUUGUUAGAUACUAGAAUACGGCCGACUGUGCAGGAAGACGGAGGAGAUGUGAUCUAUAAAGGCUUUGAAGAUGGCAUCGUACAGCUCAAACUCCAAGGUUCUUGUACCAGCUGCCCCAGUUCAAUCAUUACUCUUAAAAAUGGAAUUCAGAACAUGCUGCAGUUUUAUAUUCCAGAAGUAGAGGGUGUAGAACAGGUUAUGGAUGAUGAAUCAGAUGAAAAAGAAGCUAACUCACCUUAAAAUAAUUAGCAUUUUCUUGGGGCCCAGCAGUUGGACUUAUUGAUAAUUAUACCAAGCUUUUAUUAUUAAUCUGCUAAGGAACUUGAGGAUUAAUAAAAUAUGCCCUUUUUUCAGACUGAUAUAUAAAUA